AUGGAUAAUAGUCGUUUACGUUCGAUCAUUUUAAAUUUACAAGAUCGUCUUUCAAAUGAUGAUCGAAAACGCCUUCAUUUUUAUCUCGGUCAUGAUGUUCCACGACGCAUUCGGGAUGAUCCAACACUUGGUGGAACUCUUGCUCUAAUGGAUUCUCUUUUCGAUCAAGACAAAAUUAAUGAACAAGACUUUACUUAUCUAAUCAAAACUUUCGACGAAAUUCGUUGUUUCGACGCCGUGAAAUUAUUGAAAGGUUAUGNUAUCUAA